AUGGCAUCCAGCGGCGUGAGUGUCAACGCCAUGGCUCAGUCUGGAGGACGUCAACGACGGUGUUUCCACAACAUCCUCUGCUUCACUGCCGUGUUCAGUAUGUCGUCACUGGUGCUGGAGUCAGUCAAGUACUACACAGUGUCUCAGAUCACAGCUCUAGAGAAACAGUUUGGCCUCAGCAGUACAAAAAGUGGCCUCCUCCUAAGCUGCAGCGAAAUCGGUUAUCUUUCAGCUAUUUUCUUCUUCAGCCAUUUUGGGGGGAAGCGCUUUAUACCUAGGAUCCUGUCCUGCGGAGUGGCUUUGUAUGGCAUUUCUAGUCUAAUUUCGGGCCUCUUACACUUCAUGAAUCCUGUAUCGCUGCCUUCUUUAGAUGAUCUUGCCUCCAACUAUUCUUCUGAACAAAGAGUCAGGCUGUGUCAGGAUUCCGUACAGGAACAUGAGAGAUGUCCAGCCACGAAGGACCAAGUGACUGACAACGGACGUUGGGUGUACAAUGUGCUUGCCGUGCUUAUGGUGUUACUGGGAGUGGGUAAAUCCCCACGGUUUUCCCUGGGUAUACCGUACCUGGACAAUAAUUCCCGUGACAAACAACAGUCAAGUUUACUGACAGGAAUCAUAAUGACAGUGUCGUUCUUCGGCCCAGCUAUUGCACUUGGCCUAGGUGGAGUUUUAAGCACCGUACCUGUUGAUCUUAGUGACACACGGAUGGAUCCUCUUCACCCACAAUGGAUCGGGGCAUGGUGGAUUGGGUACCUGGUCUUUGGAUGUGCAGCCUUCCUCUUUGCUGUUCCCUUAGGCUGCUUUCCAAAGCGUAUUAAGAAACUCACCAAACGACCCGUAAACGCCAAAUGCCACACCCUUAAGGAAGAACUGUCAGAUUUACCCAAAUCGGUGGUGCGAGUGAUGCGGAACCCGGUGGUAGCUUGUUUGUUGCUGGGAAACUGCAGCGUGCUCUUCUUCGUCGGGGGAAACGUGGCCUUCGCCCCCAAAUACAUCGAGAAUCAGUUUGGGACACAGGCUUCGAAAGCCAACUUUAUAGUGGGUAUAGAAGAAUUUCUCUGGGCGACUGUAGGCACUUUACUCGGUGGUAUUCUUACCAGCAAACUCAAGCUGACCAACAGGGGUUGUGUGAAACUGACCAUGAUAGUAACACUGGCCGCGUCGGCCUCCUAUGCUUUCACGCUGCUAUUUGGAUGUCCUAAUCCCAGCAUCAAGGGACUGGGUGACAGUAGGCAUAACAUGACCAGCACUACCGACUGUGGGUGUGACCUCGAUGAAUUCAUGCCACUGUGUGGAGCUGACGGCGAGACGUACAUCAGUCCCUGUAUGGCGGGUUGUCAGUCUCAGAAUGGAACGACAUACACUGGAUGUAGCGAGAUUCCUGGUGGCGAGGGCACAGCAGGCAGGUGCCCGACAGAUUGUCCCUACCUGUAUCCCUACAUCACCGUUGACCUCGUGGCUGGCCUGGCUGGGACUAUCUCCAUCGUUCCUGUACUCAUGACCAUCAUCAAGACAGUUCAACCGCGUGAUAAACCCAUGGCCGUCGCCUUGACGUCAUUCCUGAAUGGGUUGUUAGGUUUUCUCCCAGCGCCAGUGGUGUAUGGAAAGGUCAUCGACAGCUGUUGUACGCGAUGGCAGACUGAAUGUGGUGAAGUUGGCGCAUGCGCCCUUUAUGAUCUUUCAAACCUGCGGUAUCGCGUGAAAGCCAUGGACAUUGGUCUGCAGUCACUAUCAACUGCUUCGUACCUCGCAGCGUUUCUUCUGUUUAAAUAUGGAGUUGUUAAGGAGGUACCUGUAUCGGAACAAACAGACGCUGAUUUGAAAGAGGCAGAAGAGAAACAAUUUCUUGAGAAUGAGUUAACUGAUCCUAACAACUGUUCCUAGUUGUGAGCAAGGCUGACUGUAUUACUUUUCUUGGUUUCUCCUCUCCCACCCUGAACUUUCAUUCCAUAAACAGAACAAAAUUAAAGAAAAGGUUUCUUAUCCCAAUUUUUCCCGCUGCUGUUGCAAUGUUUGCCUCGGUGUAAAAACCAAUUACCCUUGCACACUAAUAGAAAUAUAGAUCUCCUCGAUCUUGCUGUAUGUGGAUUUAUUUAAAAUGAUUUCCAAAGAUACACAUCAUGAAUCCAUUCAAUGACAUUUGCUUAGUGAUUAAUUUUCAUAAAAUCAGUUGCACAAUUAUGUUUUCAAGGAUAUUUUUGGAUUUUUCAUAUCUUGAUAUAUUUCUUUUGCCCGCCCGCUCUCCUUGUUGUUGUGGAUGGAGAUUGGACAAGGAUGAUUAUACUGUGUUAUUUUAUACAAUGUUACUCAAUGUUACUCAUUUCAGUAGACUACUAUUAGACAAGACAACACAUUCAAUAUAGAGGUUACUGUUACAAAAUACAGAAAUACACAAAUAACACUUCCAUAAGCUAUAAUAUAUAGAUACUAAAAGAAAGUAUUCUACGUUGUAGCCAGACACCCUUUUUGUAUGAAGUAGACAAUUACAUCACAUACGUAUACACACGUGUACCACAGACACAGUUAUAAUUUCUUGUACUCUUGAAACAUUAAGAGAAUGUCUGAUUUAUCGCUUGUUAAAUAAGUAUAAACAGAGAUCACUAAUUGUUCAUUCAUCUUGCGUGUUCAUUAUAACAGAGAACUAAGUGUGUUUAGCAUGUCUUUUCAGAUAUAUUAACCAAUAUACAGUAUAGCAUGUUUAUGACGAACGAACUGAUAGCGAAAUGGGGACAAACGUCCCCUUGGACCCAUAUAUUGUUUCUGUAUGUUGGUCAGAAGGUGUAUACGGUUAUGGUGAACUAAUCUUGUGAUAAUUUCAGUUAGUUAUAACUGUAGCGUACUGUAU